AUAAUGAGGUAAAGUUGAAGGAGCCACUAACUUCUACCAGCCCCAGCCUCAUUCUGCAGCCUCCCAAAACAGGACCACACUUGAGAUCCACAAAGGACAGUGAGUUUAUUACCUCACACCUGUCCUUCUAGACUGUGUCAGAGAAACUAAAACGUAGACAUAACCGUGUGUCCAUAUUUAUACCAGGAGUCUGCUCAAGGGUAAUGAGGAAAUGAACGUGCUGGGGGGCUGAUAACCCAAGAAGUAGAAUGUCAACAGGAGCUCAGGUGUGAUGGAUCCUGAUUCUCCAUCUACCAUAUGGCAUAAGGUGACAAGAAACCAACAUAUGUUCCUCUACCGUAUCGGGGAAGAUCUAGUUCUGCAAACAUCCUCUUAGCAGGCCCUCAGGAUGGAGCAGCAGAAAACGAAGUCACCUUGUUAGACAUAAACCCCCUUGAGCCACAGACAUGAAUGUCUUCACUGAUUUCUUCAGGGGACACACACUCACGACCCUAAUGUGUGGCUGGAAUUCUUCAUGCAGCCAGCUUACAGUUGAGAUGUAUGGAAAGGGAACCCUCUUGGUGGUUGAGUAGAUGAGCAUUGGCCGGUUAGUGAAAAAGGACCAAGACAUCUGAGCAAGAGGUGCUCUUACCUGGCCUCAGUGCAGGAUGAAGUGGGUCAGGGGUCAUGGUGUUCCAUAGUGGCACAGAACUUUGUAUUCCUUUGUGAGCACAGCACUUGGGUGGCACAGACUGUGCAGGGCAUUGUGUGUCUUUCUUCAUCUGCAGGUAGCACUGACUUGAUAUACAUCAGAUCCCAACAACAACAACCUUCGGCUCCAUGAUGGAUGUGUGUUUGGCCAUGGGAGAUGGACAGGAGGGACCUGGUUAGUGCCAAGUGGGCACACGUCCCUCUCCAUGGGGGAUAUAAAGGGAACCCUGUGAGGAACCAGAGCACACACUUCCAGGGUGAGCUGCCUUGUGUGAGAGCCCAGUGACUGGAGAUGAAGAGCCGGCUCCUCACCGUCCUGCUGCUGGGGCUGAUGGCUGUCCUGAAGGCUCAGGAAGCCCCACCUGAUGACCAGGAGGAUUUCUCUGGGAAGUGGUACACAAAGGCCACGGUUUGUGACAGGAACCACACAGAUGGGAAGAGACCUAUGAAAGUGUUCCCUAUGACUGUGACAGCCCUGGAAGGAGGGGACUUAGAGGUCCGGAUAACAUUCCGGGGGAAGGGUCAUUGUCAUUUGAGACGAAUUACGAUGCACAAAACUGAUGAGCCUGGCAAGUACACUACCUUCAAAGGCAAGAAGACCUUCUAUAUUAAGGAGAUUCCUGUAAAGGACCACUACAUCUUCUACAUUAAAGGCCAGCGCCAUGGGAAAUCAUAUCUGAAGGGGAAACUCGUGGGGAGAGACUCUAAGGACAACCCAGAGGCCAUGGAGGAAUUCAAGAAAUUUGUAAAGAGCAAGGGAUUCAGAGAAGAAAACAUUACUGUCCCUGAGCUGUUGGAUGAGUGUGUACCUGGGAGUGACUAGGGUAAGUGGCCCUCUGGAAGGACCAUGGCAAAGCCUAACUCCUUGGUUCUGUAGUUGGAGGGUCCCUGAGCUUCAAUCCCCUCUCAUCCCCUUGUGCAGAAUAGGUCUACUCAAGGAGUGAUCCCUCAUGCAAUCCCUGACCUCUGCUCUCCGUGUGGCUGUAUCCCCAAAUCGCCCAAACCCAGGGACAUGCAGACACUUUACAGGUCACGGGUAUAAGAAACAGAGUCUCUCUCAUGCCUGUGACUGUCCACCAAUAACUGCAAAGGCUUCAGGGUAGAAGCACAGUGGCCAGUGUCUCCCACUCCCCUCUGUUCUCCUUAGCACAGCUGCCCGUCAGGGAUAGAGUUGCUGAUCCUGCCCUAAUGCUGACUCAGUUCUGAUACAUCCUGGGAGCUCCCGAACUCCAGACGACUUUCCUCACCUUCAUGGAUGGACUUCCCUUCCACCUCAGCUUCACCCACCCCAGCACAGCUUCUCCUAAUAAAGCACUUCAGCAUC